GCAACAGGCAGUUUGCCUAUAACUGUGCGUCACAUUGAAAGCAUGAUACGCAUGGCUGAAGCCCAUGCUCGCAUGCAUUUAAGGGAUUAUGUUCAAGAAGAUGAUGUAAAUAUGGCAAUCCGAAUGAUGUUGGAAAGUUUUGUGGAAACACAAAAAUACAGUGUGAUGAAAACUAUGAGAACA